UCCAUCCAGACCGUAUACCGACCACUCCCCACUUCUAUCUCUCCACAUACCCACAAGAAUCUUUCACUUCCCACCAUAUAAACAACACCCACCUUCAUCUCCAUCAUUGCAUGCAUCUUUAUCUUCAUUUUCAUUUCUUCAAAUAUGAACAAAAUCAGAGGUUUUAGAAUUAGACACAAGUUCGUAAAGCUCGUCAAAUGGGGACUUCACCGGAGACGAAAAGAAUCCAAUUACAUAAGGCUGAACCCACCCAAUAAUUACACAGUCAAAGCCAUGUCGAAGCUCUACGGAUUCGCUCGCUCAUUGAAGAAAAGCGCCAAAGAUAUCUGCUUACGAAAGUCUGGUUCCAGUUACAAUCGGAUCGGAGAAGAAGAACUGAACCCAGUUCCAAAAGGGCACUUGGCUGUGUACGUUGGUGAAAAAGAAGACGAUGCGCAUAGGGUUUUGAUGCCUGUGAUUUACUUUAAUCAUCCGUUAUUUGGUGAGUUGUUAAGAGAAGCUGAAAAGGUUUAUGGGUUUAAUUAUGAUGGUGGGAUUCAUGUACCCUGCCGGAUUUCGGAGUUCCAGAACGUACAGACCAAGAUUAACGCCGCCGGGGGUUGUGGUGGCUGCGAUGGAUUCCGUGCACGACGGAGCUGGCGGCUUACUUUAUGAUUGGAUUUGAUGGUGUGAAUGUGUUUAAAACCCAAUCUCUGAGUGUGAUUUGUGGUUUGCUAAAUUCGAUUGUUUUCUACUGUUUUCAACUCUUUUUUAGAUUUUCUUUUUUGCCACUUGUAAAUAUAUUCUGAAUUUUGUUUUUCAUUUCAUAGAGAUAGAAUAAUACUCACCAAGUGUUGUUGUAGUGGAAAAUAUGAAAUAGAUAACAUUAUACUUCCUCACUUAA